AGCCCCCGGUAAAGCCAGCCCUGCCCGGGGGAGGGCAGCAGCACCCCCCGCACGGCACGGGGUGGGGGGGCCUCGCCGCGGCAGCCCCCGGGCGCUCCGGGCGGGGGCGGGCGGCCCCCUCCCCUCCCCGGCCUCCCCGCCCCUGCCCCGCAUUGGCUGCGGGCGGCUGACGGGCAGCCGGGGAGGCCCCUGACAGCCGGCCGCGGAGGGCAUGCCUGCACUGGGGGUCCGGCCGCGCCGGGGAGCGGGGCCGUGCCGAGCCGAGCCGAGCGAGCCGAGCCCAGCCCGUGCCACCAUGGGGGUCGAGAUCGAGACCAUCUCUCCGGGAGACGGACGGACAUUUCCAAAGAAGGGUCAGACAUGUGUGGUGCACUACACAGGAAUGCUACAGAAUGGAAAGAAGUUUGAUUCCUCCAGAGACAGAAACAAGCCUUUCAGGUUCAAGAUUGGCAGGCAAGAAGUCAUUAAAGGAUUCGAAGAAGGUGUUACACAGGAGGGGUUGAAGAGAAGAUGGUUUCCAGCCCUGUGGAGAAAGCAAUGCAAGCAUUCCCUUCUCUCCAGCCAGAGAAGAAGUUCAUUUGAGGAAACCUAGACUCUCUGAAAAAUACCUACCCUCCUCUCAAGAGUUUGAGUUGGACUCUUUACUAUUUGCUUUGCAAUAAGGCCUAAGAGUAGCUCAGCACCCCAGUGUACUGUAGAAACCAGAAGCCAGUGCAGAUAAAGCAGUGGCAGCAAGCACUGGGUGAAUCAGUUUGUCCCUUCCUUGACCACUCUCGCUCCCUGACUCCUGGCCCUUCAUUAAUAAGUGGCCGAAAGCCAUUCCAGUGAUUGGUGUGGGAACGCGCUGCCCUCUGCUCCUCCUAGUGAUCACUGACUGAAGGCCAGUCUGUGGCUGCUUCCUUCCACUCCAGGGUUUUGAGGGGUUUGGGGAGUGUGAUUGACACAAACCACUUUGGAAAAAGGCAGUUCGCUAUGUCUAGCAUGCAGAGUUUUCAAACCUUGGUUUAAUGACUGUCAGAUGUCAGCAGUGUCUGCAUUUCUCUCCUCAACUUCGGACCGUUCAAGGUUGCCCCAUGCCUAAAACCCGUGUGUGACUUACCAGCUGUCUGGUUUGCAGGGGCCCAUCAGAGCAGCAGGCAGCCUGCUGCAUGCAAACCCUUGCAGGGACCAGGGGAGGUCAUCUGCUCUUACCCCCUCAUCCCCAUGGUAUGAAUACUCCCUGAAUGUGGGAAAGGUCAUGUUCACAUUUUUCUGCUAUCAAAAGUGAUCAAAGUUCAAGCUUUGGCAUAUUUUACAGGACCUGAAAAAAAAAAUUCAACAGAAGAUAGCGUGUGAUCUGUAGUCCAGUGAUGUGCCCAGUUUUGGGACAGAGGUGUGAGUUAAAAUCACUGCUUCAAAUCAGGGAUUGUUUCUUCGCCAGUGAAUAUCCCAUUACCAGUGUAUGGUGCAUGAAUAGCAAUUUGAGAAUGCUCUACCGCAAAAUACUCUGUUGGAAGAGCAGAGGUUUGAUUCUUGAUGGCCCAAAUCUCAGUGAGCACCUCAGAGCUAGUCUGGAGUGAGACACAUCGUCAUUUCUGUCCAUCCCAGGAACAAGGGCUCACUGCCGGAAUAAGCAGCGCCUGAGGUGAGGUGGCUGCCCUCAGGCUUCAGCUGAGUUUAGGGAAAUAAGUACCUCUUUUAAACACGAUCUGUUUGCUUUGCAUCUGCCCAAAAGUAGAAAGUUGGGUGCCUGCACCAUUGGCGUUCAAGCAAUGGUUCUGAAGUGGUCCCUGGUGGUGGCUGAAGAAGGAAGAAUGUUGCUGAACACUUUUCAGCAGCUGAACUUGACUGAUCUUAUGAAUACAAAGCUCCGGUCCUAUCCGUUACUGAGAGCCUUUUCCUAACACCUGCUGGUGGCGUUACAUGCACCCUGCGCUCUGCAGAAGGGACUCAGGCCUUCUAGUGCUGGCUCCAGUGUAGGCAGGCUGAACCAAACUGUGUUAAAAAGCCUUUGUGUGACUCCCAGAUUGGCGCUGGCAAUUUAAAUCACUGCUGUGAGGAGCCAGAGGAGUCGGGAGAUCUAUCUCUAGCUGCUUGUGGCAGCUUCAGCUUGAAGUUAACGAUGCAGUUGGACUCUAGUAAUCUUAAAGGUCUUUUCCAACCUAAACAAUUCUAUGAAUCUGAUGAUCCCAACUCUCCUUGAUUCUGUAAAUCUGCCACGUAGUGAUUUGUUCUUUGUUUUCCUCCUAAUACUGGUUUGGUUUUUUCAUUUUCUCUUUUCCUUUCUGCAACAUCCAAA